AUGAUCAAAGUUCUUCAUCAAAAGUUCCCCAAGUCCACCUUUGUCGUCACGUCCUUGGAACUUCUCCUGACUAUGGUUCUAUUCGCGCACUGGACAAGUUGCCUAUGGUUUGUCGUUGGAUAUCCCAACGGUUGGGUCACCCUGCAAAACAUCGUGACCGAUGGGGAAAGAGUUCCAAAUCAGCGAUUUUACGAGUGGAUAUCGAGCUUCUACUGGGCUGUAACAACCAUGACUACAAUCGGGUAUGGUGAUAUUUCUGCUCAUACUGCAAACGAGCGAGCGAUUUCUGUUGUCGUCAUGGUGAUGGGAUGUGCCUUCCUGGCAUGGGUGACAGGACGAAUCACUCGAAUCCUUACUCAAAAAUCCGGUUGCAUAUCCAAGUUUGAAGGGAAACUGGAGGAGUUGAACGAGUACGACAGUCGUAUUCUUGCAUGGAUCUCGCUCACCAGAACUCCAGGUUUAUGGAUGCUAGAGGCAUUUCCAAAGGACUCCGCAACAAGAUACGGUCUCUCAAAUAUUCUUUCUGCAGCAAACGCAAUAUCUGAGUUGAUCCUUGUGUACUGUUUGCUCACUCAGAUGCAGAGAAUCUUUGAUGAGAAUGAGAUCCUGAAUGACUUGGAAGGAGACAUUCGAAAAGAGACAACCUUGGAGUUGUACAGAGAUAUCGUUUCUAAAGUCCCCUUGUUCAAUUUGUGCUCGACGGCGACCCAGAGAGAAGUUUGUUAUCGUCUGGGACACCUUUAUAAAACUAAGGGGACAAAGAUCUUUGACGAGAAUGAAUCAUCAAAUGAGAUUUUUCUUUUCCAGCUAUCACGUGCGAUCUACAUCGUACGUUUCGGGGUCGUGAGCAUCAGGAGCAAGAAGAAGGAGAUCAUGAGGGCUCAGCGAGGAGAUCUAGUCGGAGAAGCAGGGAUCCUAGGCCUCACCCCCAACGAGAGCUACGGCUUCACCGCCAUCGCAGAGACCAUGUGCGAGCUCUGCGUGUUGGACGUGAAGGACUUCCAAGAGAUGCUGGUGCAUAACCCAGACUUCUUCCGAGUCAUCGAGCGGGUCCUGUACUACCAUGUCAUCCAGUUGGAAAACCGCGUGCAGUGCCACGACAUGAUCGACAGAUCAGAUAAGUGGAUGAUAAAAUGGGACGCGAUAGCCCGCGCUUUCAACACAGAAUCUCCAGAGUUCAAGUGUUGCGCAGGAGAGAAAGACGCAGUUGAAGAUGAUUCCUUGCUGCUAGCAACGCAGUUUCACUUUCAGCUGCGAUUGGUUCAAGGAGAAGGCCUAAUUCCAGGAAAGCUCUUCUUCUUUCGACUUGAGUUCAAGUCUGAUUCGGACAUGGCCACUAGCACAGUCGCUGAUGGACCCAUCUUCGACUUGCACGAUGAGGUUGUCAAUAGCGAAACUUAUGAAAUCUCACAGACUAUUCGAAUGCUGCUCAAGCACGCUCACAAUGAUUGGGAUCGGUUCCCCGACUUGAAGAUCUCCAUUCACCAGAUCCGCGUGCAGAACAGUCAUUUUGGAAGAUCCUUCUCAAAAGGCAUUCACCUAGACUCGUUCGAGUAUGCCAUGAAGGCGAACUCUAUGGAAAUUUGGCAAGGUGAAAUCUGUUGGAAAGUUAUGAUCGACAAUCGUUGCGCGUCUCUUGAUCAGUGCGAGGAUCAGCAGAUGAUGGGGGUGACUUUGAAGCCAACAGGCUUGCAGGAAUUGGCCCCUUGCAAGCUCUGGUUCACUACCAACGCUUCACGCCUCCUCCGGCACAACUCGCGAUGGCGACAAAUCCUUGACAUACUUCGCAAGACCUCGGCGUCCCCCUACUUUGCCCAGAAGCAGAUCGACAGCCUCAUUGCCCUGCGUGAAAGGAUAGAGGAGAAGCUUCGCCAGCUCAGGAUUCAACGGAUGGAGUACGGCAACACUGAUGUCUUCAAAGCCCUCAAAGGCUGGGCGCUGCCUUGCAUCAACAAGUCAAGUCAAGGUUACCCAGCAGACUCUCCCAGGGGAGACGAAAAGCGGGCAAUGACGAACAAUGUGAGCACGAAUUGCGAUGAUCGCAUUGAAGAGAUGCGAAAAGAUAUGCAGGCAAUGAGCAGGAGCAUCUAUAUACUUUGCGAGGAGAUCUCAAGUCUCAAGAAAGCCGUUGUUGGCAAAGGAGGAAGAACCAACGGGCAGCGAUCUAACUCGUUCGCGUACAGCAGUGCCCAGGACACCGCUCGAACAACGGCGAUGGGGAGGAUUCCUUUGGACAGAGAGGAGGGAGAAGAGAGAAGGCGAGAGGUCAGUAGUGUGAUGAUAGCAGCGACUGAGCCAAUUACUGGAGGUGUGAAGUUCUCGUAUAGGAACUCUCAGGCAUCUGGGCGAGAAACUCCUUAG